GUCUGAGAUCUUCUUGUGGUCUUCACUGCGGUACUUUGAGUAUGGUCUCCCCGCACAGAAACCCGAAAGAUCUCAUACAGAUGAUCAGGAGCACCAACGAGGCUCAGAACAUGGAUGAUAUGCACAAGUGUUUGGGGAGAACUUCACCGGAGGACCAGACCGAGUUGGGGCCGCUGUGGGCCCGGGAGAAGGACCAGACCGAAGUGGUGACGCUGCGGUCCCUGGUAGAUGGGCAGACCGAUAUGGGGCCGCUGCGGUCCCGGGUGAAGGACCAGACCGAGCUGGGGCCUCUUCGGUCCCGGGUGGAGGAGCAGUCCGAGGUGGGGCUGCUGCAGGCCCGGGUGGAGGAGCAGUCCGGGCUGAUUGGGGUGUUAAAGCAGAGGUCCGACCAGGCGCGUCUCCGCUGCCAGGCGCUGCAGAAGGUCAACGAGGAGCUGGAGGCUCGAGGGGCAGCUGGUCAGAAAGAGCUGGACUCGGAGAGGGCGAGGGUAAGGCUGUUGGAGAAGAGGUUUAACGAACUGGCCGUGAACCAUCAAGGGAUUGUCGUGUUCAAAGAUGACUAUAAAAGACACAACUUCCAGCUUUUAGAGGAAAACAAACUUUUAAGGUCAGAGAAUGAGGCGCUCUUUUCACAGAAAUUACUUGAUCAAGAGACUCUAAUAGGUAAACUGCGACAAGAUAUUCACCUGAAUGAAGAGAAACACGAAGAUAUGGAAAAGUACUUAAGGGACCAAGAAGCUGGAUGGAAGGCAAAGAUGUUAAAACAGAAAUACCUUACACAAUGGCAGGAAGCAGCACAGUUAAAAAGACUUCAUGACACCCAGGACAGUCUUAAAUCAGCAGAGGAUAUGUGUAAAGAUCUGAAGCACCAGCUACAAGAGGCAGCAGAUGGACGUGCUUUGAUCGAGACCGAAAUGAAGCAGAAGAUAAACAGCCUCUGUGCAGAAAAAGACAUCUUCAUAAAUCUGUCGGUCGAAAGAGGAAAAGUCUUACAGGAAAAGCAAGAGAAAAUUCAGCAGUUGGAGAUUAAGUUGGAAGAAGUGGAAAAGUUGAAGACCAGAGCAGAGAACAGGUUCAAGCAGGAAGCAGAAGCGGUCAACAUUAACGUGAAGGUUAUCAAUCUCCAACGUGCUCUCGAUGAAGCAGUGAAGAAAAACGAGAAGGCCAGAGAGAACUUUGAAGCCUACAAAGACCACAGCGCCCACCUACUCACCCGGGAAAAAGAGCUAAAUGCACAGCUUCGCAACACGUUUGGUUGAACAACGAUGCUUCAGCAAUGACGCGACUGAUGAACAAUAACGAAAAUCGUUGUUCGUUGCAACUAAACAUUUAAAUAUGGGAAAAAUAAAAAUUAAAAAAAGACCAAAGAUACAAUAUAUCGUUUCUUUAUUCCUUCGACAACUUUAACAUUUUUCUUGAGGACAAGAUGCUGCAGACACAUCAUAGAGAACUGUACAAACAGGAGCGAGCGCUUUAGGACCCGUGCUCCUUUUCCAAUCUCGCUGCCUUCUCGAUCACCUCCUCGAUGGCUCCCACCAUGUAGAACGCCUGCUCUGGGAGAGCGUCGUA